AUGCGGAUUGUUGGUGGAGUAGACGCUCAACCAGGAGCAUGGCCAUGGCUUGUGAGCAUUCAGGUACCAUCUCGAACUAGUCAUCGACACUCUUGCGGAGGAACUCUUCUGAAUAAAUUGUGGGUGCUAACAGCAGCACAUUGCUUCAAAGCCAACAAACGAUCUGUGCCCAAGUGGAAAAUAGUUAUAGGAGGUCAUCGACUGUCUGCGCUCUCCCAAGAUGUACAGAUACGUUCAAUCAAGUCAUAUACUGAACAUGAGAACUACAACCCGCGCAUAGAGGCCUAUGAUAUCGCUCUUAUUGAGCUAAACUCACCAGUGGACUAUAAUGACUACGUGCAGCCGGCCUGUUUACCUACUACCACCAUGAACAUCACCAUUUUCCACCCUUGCUACAUAAGUGGCUGGGGAGUCAUGGCUGAGAAAUCUGCCGAAACAGCAGAUGUUCUACAGGAGGCUAAAGUGAACCUAGUUGAUCUGAAAAGGUGCAACAGCUCACAGUGGUAUAGCGGUAUGAUUUGGGACUACAACCUAUGUGCUGGAUAUGAAGAAGGAGGAAUUGACAGCUGCCAGGGUGACAGCGGAGGACCCCUCAUGUGCCUGGAUGAAGCUACCUCUAAAUAUUACGUGACUGGUGUCACAAGUUGGGGGAGUGGUUGUGCCCAGUCCAAGAGGCCAGGUGUGUACAGCAACACCCAGUACUUCAUUGACUGGAUCCAAGGGAAGUUAACGGAAAUCUUAUCAACACCAACACCACCUAACCUGGACACUACAACUAUAAAGAAUGUUCUUCUUACUAAAAGAAAACCACAGGUUCAGUUCAUCUUCAAAAUUUGCAAACCUACUUUGCAUAGUAAGAAAAUGAUCCCAAGACCAAUUAAAGUAAAAAGAAAGCCUUACGUCUAUGGUGAGCUACCAACGAUCCAAGAAUAG